AUGGCGAAAGACCUAGCCUUGACGUACCGGCUCUUGCCGUUGCUCUGCUCUCUUGUGUCCUUCAUCCUAGUCAUGUUAGCCAUCUUCGCGGGCUACUCUCCGGGUAUCUUAGAGGGCUACGACAUCUUACUAGUCAACAUCUCGGGUCUAAGGAAGGACCCUGUCAACAUGGCCACGGCUCUGACUUCCACACCAACCCGAACGAAUACUACCGACAACGUCAUAGACAACGACGUACAUAUCCCGGGCUUCUUCACGCUACACCUUCUCACCAUAUGUGAAGGCGACUUCACCGAGAACGGGAGCCGGGAAGUCUCGGGGUGUCAUCGCUUCUUCUCCAGCGAACCCACCAAAAUCUCCCUCCUAAACAACCACCUGCCCCGCACCCCCUUCGGCGACGACAGCAACAACAACACGCCUCUCAACACAUACCUCGGCAUCAGCGACCACCUCGCCGCGGCGCUAGACAACAUCACCACCUUCGCCCAAGCCGCCGCCGUACUGUGCAGCAUCGGCGUGACGCUCACAUGCCUCUCCUUCCUGCUGUCCAUCCCCUACUACCCCUUCCUCAACGACAAUAAAAACAAUAACAACAACAACGAUGACGUCGUGGCGCCGCCGCUCGUCUGGGCGAAUUUCGGUGUCACCGUCGGGUCCCUCUUCUUCCUUCUGCUGGGCGUCUUCGUGGCCAGUAUCGGGGCGGUGGCGUCGCGGGAUAGGGUGAAUGAUCUCGGGGAGGACGCCGGCGUGGGCGCCGUCAAUGGCACGCGGUGGGUGGUCUUGGCGUGGGUGGCGUUUGCGCUUAUGUUGGUGGUCUUGGCGACGUGGGUUUGGGAGGUGGUGAGGGUGUUGAGGAAGAGGAAGAAGGAGAAGAAGGGAGAGUUGGUUGGGGAGGAGGCGGAGACGGAGGCGGAGGCGGAGGCGGAGGGUGUUCCUCAUUCGCCCCCGGUGCCUCCGCCUUCGUUUGGUCGCCCUCCUCCUGCGCCCCCUUAUUAUAGACCUUCUUCCCGGGCGAGAAGGUCGAGUUCCCGCAGGAGGGAGGAGAUCGAGUAGCUCGAGCACGUCGUCGUAGAUACUAGUGAUUUAUGAGUUGGCGUGGUCGCCAGGCAAUCGGCGAGGAUGAGGCCUUGGAAGGCGAGGCAGUGGCCGCUUUAAAUCUUACAAAAGAGAAUACCUUAUUCGAGGCCAAAGGCC